UCUCUCUAAAGAAAACAAGGAAGUGAGUAGGCUGACACCCUGUAGCUCCAACCCAAGUCACCGGUGAAUGUGAAUGAGGGUGAAACACAUUUUUCCCCCAUGGCACCGGUAGCCGUGGAGCUGCUGAGGAGGAGACGGUUCCGGGACCUUGGCAGCGCCGCAGGAGCAUAAAUCCAGGUCCUACUUUGCCAUCUCAAGUGAAAUGUAAAGCAGGAGGCCCCGCAGCAGGUGAAGCGAGAGGGGCGGGCAACGGGCCAACGGGACGCCAUCACACACAUCUCCGGCUUGGCGGCUGGGACGUCGACGCUCCAGAUAUCCAGCGGGCACAGAGAGAGAGAGACUGAGAGAGAGAGCCUGAGCGAAAGAGAGAGAGAGAGAGACUGAGCGAAAGAGAGAGAGAGAGAGAGGGAGAGCUGCCUCCGCGUCAUGGCUCUGCGCUGCGCUCACCCGCUGGUCCUCAUCGCGCUGCUGCUGUUCGGACUUGUUGCCCUGCUGCUCCUGACGAUCCCCACCGAGGACGUUCGGGAGGCGCCGGGGUUCAUGUACGGGAUCGUCUUGGAUGCGGGAUCCUCGCACACAGCUCUGUACAUAUACAAGUGGCCAGGAGACAAGCAAAAUGGCACCGGCGUGGUCACCCAGCACAGCGAAUGUCACGUUAGCGGCGGAGGGAUCUCCAGCUAUGCGGGCCAACAGGGAGCAGCAGGCCAGAGUCUCGAGGCGUGUCUGGACCAGGCAAUGAAGGACAUCCCCAAAGAAAGACAUCAGUUCACACCUGUGUACCUGGGAGCCACAGCUGGCAUGAGGCUUCUGGACAUGUCAAGCCCAGAGCUGUCGGCUCAGAUUCUACAGGAAGUGGGCCUCAAGAUCCAGUCCUACCCUUUCAGCUUCCAGGGGGCGUCCGUACUGAGCGGUCACAGCGAGGGGGCGUACGGCUGGAUCACCGUCAACUACCUCUUGGAGAACUUCAUCAAGUAUGGUUUCGUGGGGCGCUGGCUCAGCCCCGGCAGGCCCACAGUGGGAGCGCUUGAUUUCGGCGGGGCGUCCACCCAGAUAACAUUUGCGACGGAGGAAGUGGAGAACGAGCGCGACGUGACGAAGCUGCGCCUGUACGACCAGGAGUACUCCCUGUACACGCACAGCUUCCUGUGCUACGGGCAGGACCAGGUCCUCAAGAGGCUGCUGGCUCACAUAGUGAAGUCUCAGGGUUACUCUGGAUCAGUCACUCACCCCUGCUAUCCUGCAGGCCACAACAGAACUUUAGAGUUGAACAGUGUAUUUGACUCUCCGUGUACCGCGGAGUACAAACCCAGCUCCCCCGACUCCCAGGCUUCUCUGACGAUACACGGCAGCGGACAUUACGAACAGUGUCUGAGCAACGUGUCCCAGAUCUUCUCCUUCGAGCACUGCCCGUACUCCCAGUGCUCCUUCAAUGGAGUCUUCCAGCCAAAUGUCACCGGAAGCUUCAUGGCGUUCUCUGCAUUCUACUACAUUCACGCCUUCCUGCAGCGAACCACCAGCAUCACCGCCAGCACUCCGUCACAGCUGGAGGAGGCAUCCAAAGCUGUGUGCAGGAUGACCUUCAAAGAAAUGCUGCUUCUUGCGCCGGAGCAAUCGUCUCGCCUGCAGGACUACUGCGCCAUCUCUGUGUUCGUUAAUAUUCUCAUGUUGAGAGGAUACGGCUUCGAUGAGAUGUCGUUCCCACGCAUCUCCUUCCAGAAGAAGGCAGGGGACACCUCGGUGGGUUGGGCUCUGGGCUACAUGCUCAGGCUGAGCAGUUUGCUGCCGGCAGAGACGGAGGGGCUGAGGAAGGCCCUGACCCCGGCGGCGUGGGGAACGCUCAUCUUUCUCUUCAUCCUCCUGCUCGCCGCGGUCCUGGUCCUCAUCUUACUCCAGGCUCGUGGCGGGAAGAAGAAGAAAAGAGGCGGUGAAAGCCCCAUCUAGACACUGCACCACCGUCCAGAGCCGCUAGACGGGAAAACAGGAUGUUGCUGGUGUUGUGUCCGUUACGGCACAACGUUGGCUCGUUGCGACGCUAAAGAGCUGAAUUGGAACUUUAUUUAAAAAAGGUCCAGUGUGUCGCAUUGCAGAAGUGGACUAUAAUAUACGUAACUAUGUCUUCGUUAGUAUAUAAUCACCUGAAACUAAGAAUAGUUUUCCUUACCUUAGAAUGAGCCUUUCCAUAUGGAACUGUACAUAUUUUCAUACACAUGUUCUCCAAGGCAUGAAACCUGCACUGCGUUUUCACUGACUGCAAAGUAUUUGACGACAGUUGUAUCAUUAGAAUCACUUUUGAGUGGGACUGCAUAAAAAGAACACCAGCUUUAACGUCAGUCUUUUUGUAUGUCAUUUCAAAUCCAUUGUACUGCGUACAAAGCCAACACAAUGGAAACAUGCCACUGACCCAAUCCUGUCUCUGAUUGGCUGUCGGUUAAAGAAUGCAGCACACUGGCACUACAGGGGAGGUUGUCUGAAUGUCAUAAGUACAACCAACUUUUGAUUGUAUGGAAUGUAAAAAAGCUCCAGCGUUUUUGUGACUGUACUCUGAGGCACUAUGGCCGUAAAAUAAAGCACACUGGAGAUAACUACC